AUGAAAGCUUCUGAAGAAAAAGAAGAAAAACAGGAUGAAAAACGACCCAAGCCAGUGUUCCAGGAAUCUUCUUCUCUGUAUCCUAAUCUGAUAGAUCUGGAAACCAAAUUGUUCCCACCCCUGUAUGCGGAUCCACAUCUGCCCUUGCUUCCACAGGUUCCACAGGUUUCAUCGGGAGAAGCCCGGAGGAGAGCCAAACCCUCAGCUCCUCCCAGGGAAAGGGGCCCCGCCCAGGGAACUUGGGGAAGAACAAGGGAAGUGGCCAGCGCAGUGGAAGUAGAAGGCCCGGAAAUUCCCUCCUCCACUGUUCACGCGUUUCCGUGGCCCUUUUCCACUAGUGAUUUGUACAAUUGGAAAACUCAGACUCCCUCUUUCUCUGAAAAACCGCAGGGUCUUAUUGAUCUUUUAGAAUCUAUCCUCUUUACUCACAACCCCACUUGGGAUGAUUGUCAGCAACUGUUACAGGUGCUUUUCACUACAGAGGAGUGCAAGCGAAUCCUGUUAGAAGCUUGGAAGAAUGUGCCGGGGGUAGAUGGGAGGCCCACAAUACAGCCUAACCUCAUUGAGGAGGGGUUCCCCUUGGUGCGACCCCACUGGGACUUCAAACGCGCUGAAGGUAGGGAGCGUCUCAGAGUGUACCGUCAGACUCUCGUGGCUGGCCUUCGAGUGGCCGCCAGAAAGCCAACUAAUUUGGCCAAGGUAAAUUCAGUGAGGCAAGAGCCAAAUGAGAGCCCGGCAGCCUUCCUUGAAAGGAUAAUGGAAGCUUUUAGACAGUAUACUCCUAUGGACCCACAGGCAGAUGAGUCUCGAGCAGCAGUUAUGCUAGCAUUUGUGAAUCAGGCAGCCCCCAAUAUUAGGAAAAAAUUACAAAAGAUAGAGAGGCUGGGUGAACAGUCCCUGCAAGAUCUAGUGAGGGCAGCAGAGAGAGUUUUCAAUCAUAGAGAGACCCCAGAGGAGAGAGAGGACCGCAUUAGAAGGGAAGAAAAAUACAUGUACCUGGACAUCAAAAAAGGGACAGCCCCAUGGCACGAGGAAAUCGUGCCGCAGAUCUGGCAGCUCGAAAAGCGGCUGAUGAAGAUUUUAUUACUCCGGUGUUGGCGAUCGGACUUCCACCCCCCAGGACCUGUACCUCUGUACUCCGAUUGGGAAAAGGAUCAUAACUUUGCCCAGGCAGUAGGCCUCAACGCCUCCUACGACCUGGCCAACAGCACCGAUCCUCCCCAGUGUUGA